CGACAUGCUUUGUUUUGCAUGUGCUUUUCCACUGUACAGUAGACCAGACAGCCCUCGCGCUAUUUUGCAUCUCGAGUUUGUCUCACGCGGCAGUGGCAUGCACGGUGGGAAUCCGAGCGGGCGGGUUUGCCCGACCUAUUUCUGUCCAAUCGCUACUCGUCGUGGGCGGAGUGAUUAAUUUUUCCAGCCAAUCAGAGGCAGAGCCGAGAGCCGGACAGACCUGGUCCCCGCGUGCCCAACACACGUGAGGAGGAGCAGCUAUUGUGCACCGGGAGGCAACGUGCUGGAGUUUCUCUCUGAAAAAAACAGCAGACUCACGUUUUCCGAGGAUUACAAGGAACUGGAAAAGUCAUGCAGCAGAGCCAGAUAAUUAUUGACAGCCCAAAAUAUGUUCGAUUAGAGAAUAGCAACAUGUAUCUUUGGGAAAAUAUAUAUUUAAAAAACGUAUUUUUGUGUUUAAAUAUAUUUUUAAGGUAUCCAAAAGUAUUUGGUCUUCUGCUCAGAAAAUAUAAUAAUAAUAAUUUAAAAAUAUAUAAAUUCACAUGAACUGUCAAGAGUACAUAAACGAGAGUGGGCGUGUCUCAUGAAUAGUAAACGCUCAUUAUUCAUGAGGCACGCCGCGUCCCGCGAGGUGUGACGUCACGUGAACUGCCCGUGUCCGUUCCAGCUGAGCGCGAGAGACAGAGGACGCUCGGACCAACGCAAAUCCAAGCCCGUGCGCCCGUGACUGCAAUCACCGGAUGCGAGAGGGAGAGGAGAGAAAAAAAAGUACAGACAGAAAGAGGAAACGACCCCCUCCUCCUUCACCGACUGGCAGCAGAGCGCGACAGGAGAGAGGAGCAGCAACACAAGUUGUCAUCUGACGAACAGCUCUCGUAUUUUGAUUUUGUUGGGAUCUCGUUUUUGAUUCACUCCGGAUUUAGUUGUGCUGUUUUUACAUUUUUGUGUGCGUGCGUAGUGUGAAGCUGUCACUGCGUUCUUCCUUAUGGACAUUAUUCCUGCUCUUUUGGCUUGACUGUCCCUCCCACUCGGGAGAAAGAAAACAACUUGCUUCACCGAACCCAACAGCAAUGGAGCACUUUGAGGAAAUUCAUUUUUCCAGGAAAUAAACUCAACAAAAACUAAAAGCAGACUUUUCCUAUUGGUUGGUACUGUGGUCAAUUUGAGUCACCCCUUCCAGCGCACCGGGUGUCUCUUUACUGACCCCAUCGAAGCCCAGGAUGUCCAGGCAGCUCACUCAGCUUGUGACCCCUGACCUCCCCGCUGGGGCAAGCCCACAGUUUGGAAGUUGCACUCAGCCUGCAGGCUCGCUCACAGGUGGACACGUCAACUCCAUGGCUGGGUUGAAAUCCCUCCUGCAGCACCCCAUGAAGGGGGACCACCGUUUGAAGAACCCAUGUGACACCAAAGACAAAGACAGACUGGACCUUGAUGAGGACUCCUUGGGAGUAUGCUCCAUGAGGAACGGCAAUGGAGCGGUCAGCAAUGGCUGUGGAGGGGGAGGUGGAGGAGGAGGGGGCGGUGGAGGUGGUGGAAAUGGAGGAAACUACAACCAGUUCCUGGGGCCUCUCAUGUGGGACCGCACCUUACCUGCAGACGGGGGGCUCUUCCAGCUUCAGUACAUGGACUUGGAGGAGUUUCUUACUGAAAACGGAAUGGGCAGCAUGCACAGCAACAACAGCUCCAGUUCCGCCCAAAUCCCAUCGCAGAGCUCCCAGUCGGCCGUGCCCAACCAGAGCUCCCAGUGCCUACCGCCCUCAUCUCCAUCCGGGUCGUCGUCCUCGUCCCCCUCUUCCUCGUCUUCCCCAUCCCUCAUCGGUCUGGAGGUGGCCCAGCCGCAGGGCCUCGGAGGAGGGACCGACUGUCUUCACGGAAGUCAGACGAGUAUGAAUGACACCUGUGAGUCACCGUCGUCCUCCUCUUCAUCCUCGUGUCCACCUUUGCUGACGCCCACCAGCAGCGGGCCCGAUGGGAUCGAAAUGUUUGACAUGGACGGUUCAGACAUGUCCAUGUCUGACGGGCAGGGUCAGCAGAACUUUGACCCCAGAAGGCACUCUUUCAGCGAAGAGGAGCUGAAGCCGCAGCCGAUGAUCAAGAAGGCCCGGAAGAUUCUGGUGCCCGACAACAUGAAGGAUGAGAAGUACUGGUCCAGGAGGCAUAAAAAUAACGAAGCAGCAAAGCGCUCCCGGGACGCACGCCGUCUAAAGGAGAACCAAAUCUCCGUGCGUGCCGCCUACCUGGAGAGGGAGAACGCCGCCCUCCGACAGGAGGUGGCAGAGAUGCGGAAAGAACUGGGUCGGUGUCGCAACAUCCUUAGUAAAUACGAGAACCAUCUCGGCGACCAGUGAUGGCGGCGAGGGCGCCGCGGCAAGAAAAAGAGGAGGAGCGUAAAGCUGGAUGAAAUCUGAAGACUCUGAUUCCCUGGGAUGGCGUGAUGGACUGAAUGGGGGGUUGAGAUGUUGAUGAUGAUGAUGAUGAUGAUGAUAGUGGCGAGGAAGGUGAUAAUCAUGAUGAUGAAUGUAUAAAACACAGAGAAGGUCGGUGCGUCGAAGCUCAGGUGUCUCGUUUUGUUUCAAGGUGUCAGCUCUUAAAGUGAUUGACGGAGCGAAUAAUUUAACAGAUGAGAGAUGUUACUUUUAAGAGUUUUGCUAUGGAGAAUUGUAUAUUUUUAUAAUACUUCAGAAAAAUUUAGAGGGGGUUGAAAAUCCAGAGAACAAUUUUGUACAUUUUCUACGUGUUUGGGACAGAAAGACGGGGGGAAGCUAUGGUAAAUAUUUUAUUUUAGAUGCGUCAGGAUGCUGUGAGGCAUCUGUAUGGCUUGAUUGUUGUAUUCCCGAUGCAGCAGCAGGGCUCAGGAAGCAUGUAACAAGUGUAAUAUAGAGAGCAAAAUUAACUUAAAAUCGUAUAGUUCAAUAUUUUUUUUUGGAUUUACUCGAGCACUUAAUUUUUUCCCCCGUGUCUGUCACUGGGCAUGCAUUGUAGGGGCGCCAUUUAAACGCUUCAGUCCCGCUCUCAGUACGAGGUUCUUUUUCAUCGACCUCUUUCUUUUACUACAGUAUUUACUCUUCUCGUCUGGGUUUUACCCGGGACUUCUUUUCUGGGUCUAUUUCGUUCGGUUCCCGUGGAGUGGCUUCCAUGCACUCCGGCGUUUUUUUUUUGUGCUGGUGAAACGCGUUUCUUCCAGGCCUCCGUCUGGCUCGGGCGUCCCGUCGCCGCUCUGAGCCAACCCUUCCCCGUCACGCGUACCUCCACGGUGCAAAAAGGUGAUCUUAAUCUCAGUGUUGUAACGUACUCUAACAUGGUAAGAAAUCCUCCCGUUAGGAUGCACAUCACUACUUUACUGUAAUAAAUGAAACUCACUUUAAUUCAUAAAUGGGAGGGAGAAUGUUGUGUAUAUUGAAUAGGCCUACUAUACUGUUUUAUGUAUUUGAUGUAUUUCAGGAGAUGGGUUCCAAAAGCCCCAUUGAGUGGAAUGGUGUUAAUUUCUCAGAUUUCUGGGAGAAAUAAAAGCCAAAUUUUCCUUAUUUUUUUUCCACAAUGCUUGUUGCUAUUUGGUGCAUUUUUUCCUCCAUUCUUCUCCCUUUUUGUGGUUUCUAUUAACUUCUCUGUGUACCCAAAACACCUGCACAGGGUCAUGAGUACUCUGUUAUGUUUCUAGAGAAGGGAUGAUUAGGAUAGAGUUUGAUUUAAAUCUCUUUAAUGACCAUGAUAAAUAGUUACCAUUACAGCUGUUUUUAUUGUUAUGAUGAUUAUCCCUCUUAUUGUUGUUCUAUAUUAUUGAAUGUUUUUUUUUUCUUUCUUUGGAUAAACAUGAUCUGUUACACCUUUAACAAACAUCUCUGAUCUACAUUGUUCCUGAGAAAGACUGUUCGAAUAAAAAUAAUGAGAAAUAUGAUUAAAAAAAACAUAAACAUGGACGGAAUCAUUGGUUUUUCCUUCGGACUUCGCGCCACAGCUUCUGACCACGGAUCCUGUGAAUGUGGCUCAGCGACAGGACUUCCCAGGAUGAGGCCCGAUCUGCUCCCGUCACUUCACUCAGUGAUUGUUUGCUCUCCCGACAGGAUGUAGUCUCUGAAAAACCCUUUCGCAGACGUUGGUCGAUCCAUCCUGUAGUGACACUAACUAAUCAGCCACCCCUGCUGUUGCAGAGCCCGCCAGUCAGUGCUAGUUUCUUUGGAUGUAGUUGAAAAUCUUCUCCUCAAACACCAAUAAACGAUUGUUCUCAA